AUCAGAUUCGGAUGUCCCAGAUGAACGGGAAGUUUACAAUCUUUGUUGACCCACGAGCUACACAUUUAGGUACAAUUUCUUAGCGAAAUUGUUGAUUUUUGUCUAAACAAAGAAAAGAUGGUUUGCGACAAUUGUGAGAAGAAGCUGGGCAGGGUGAUAACUCCAGACACCUGGAAGGAUGGUGCGAGAAACACUACAGAGAGCGGUGGGCGGAAGCUGAACGAGAACAAGGCUCUGACAUCUAAGAAGGCCAGGUUUGAUCCUUAUGGGAAGCCAGGAAAGUCAGGCUUUGGCAUCUGCAGAAUCUGCAAGAGCUCUGUUCACCAAUCAGGAUCUCACUACUGCCAGGGCUGUGCCUACAAGAAAGGUAUCUGUGCCAUGUGUGGGAAAAAGGUUCUGGACACCAAGAACUACAAGCAGACCUCUGUCUGACAGGAUUCUGACAGGCCACCAGGAGGACCAGAGGGAGAGGGAAGGGAGGAGAAGAUAGCGGGGGAGGAAGGUGUGCACGAGGAAUGACGACUUUAUCCUGUUGUUCAGACCCCCUGACUGUCUAAAACACUCAUAGCAGAGUUGCAGUCAAGGGGUUUUUACUCUGUGUGUGUGUGUGUGUGUGUGUGUGUGUGUGUGUGUGUGUGUGACAGAUGUGGAGCAGGGUUUCCCUCCCUGUUGUAAAGCUCCUAUAAUUUUCAGCUUUGUAGCAGCAAUACGUGGCCAGCACUGUUCCACACACCAAAUCGGAGGCUACUUUUAGUUUUAAUAGCUGAACUGAUGGUUUCGCUCCUGUUGUGUCAAAUCUGCUCUGAUACAGGAGUUUCCUUUCAUUGAUUCUUUGUGAAUUAUAUCAAGUGUUAUGUUUUGAGUGCAUUAAAAUAUUCAAUAUGUAACGACAA